AUGCUACGCUCUUCAAUUGCACCCUCCCGCCAGCUAUUUUCCCCCGUCGCUGGGCGUCAAUGCCAGUUAACCUCUCGGGUAAAGCGAGGAGUGGUUGGCAAGAGAUACUUCUCGAAUCAUAGAAGCUCUGUUGUUGCCCCGAGAUGCAUUGCCGCACCCAAUAUCCAAGUCAAUGGACGCAACACAUUUAGCACCAGUGCUAUCCUUGCAAACGACCCCGACGUCCGAUCUCCCCCAUCGCCAUCUUCAAAGUCUACUAUUCCACCUGAAGGUGUACCUCGACCUCCACCUCCCUACCCUGCCCAAACGUCACCUGGCUCCUCCGUGGAUGGAGCUGCAACGCUGUCUAAACCUCCGUCCGAGACAAACACUCCACCACCACCUCCUCCUCCUCCGUCCAAGACGAAGGGAGGGCUACGCCGGUUUCUUACUUAUCUAAUUCUUACUACUGGCCUGGCGUAUGCUGGAGGAAUCUGGUUAUCUCUAAAAUCAGACAACUUCCAUGAUUUCUUUACCGAGUACAUUCCCUACGGAGAGGAGGCUGUUUUAUAUGUUGAGGAACAGGAUUUCCGUCGCCGCUUCCCUAAUGCCACCCGACAAAUUACCACGCGCACUAUUGAGCCACGGCAUGAAGGCCAAAAUGUAACGAUUCCCGGUAAAAGUGGGCUCUCCUGGAAGGUGGCUGGGCCGGAGAAAGAAUCGGUUCAAGGAAGCGAUGUGACUCGGAAUGGCAGGCAUAUGAGCGCUGUGGGAUCUGAGAAAGCGAAAGAAGCGGCCAAGGCACCGGCUGCUGAACAGCUUGAGCCUAAGAACAGUCCUACAUCGGCUACAAAGGAGAAACCCACACUAGCAACUGAAGCUAAGAGCGGAGAUGGUAAAAAAACAGCUUUGGAACAGCCCAUGACUCCAGUCAUAUCUACUCCAACUAUGGUUGAUCCUGUAGCUAUAGCCGGUGCUGAAGAGCCUGCCGUUCAGGAACUCAUGAGGAUCGUCAAUAGCCUCAUCGCUGUUAUAAAUGCAGAUGAGUCGUCUUCGCGAUUUACAACUAUUCUAUCCAAAUCGAAAGAAGACUUCCAAAAGCUCGGUGACCAUAUCCUUGCAAUUAAGCAAGAUGCCCAAAAACUUGCUCAAGAAGAGAUUGAUAGCGCUCGUGCGGAAAUGGAAGUUAAAGCCAAUGAGCUUAUUCGACGAAUUGACGAAGUGCGGUCUGAUGAUGCUGCGCAGUUCCGCGAAGAGUACGAAACGGAGCGUGAGAGACUGGCCGCUGCCUACCAGGAUAAAAUUAAAACCGAACUUCAAAGAGUAAAUGAUGUCGCUGAGCAACGAUUGCGAAAUGAACUUGUUGAGCAAGCUAUUGAGCUAAAUCGCAAAUUUCUCAAUGAUAUCAGAGUUCUUGUCGAAAAUGAGCGGGAAGGGCGCCUCAGCAGACUUUCCGAGUUAACAACAGGAGUUGAGGAGCUAGAAAAUCUCACGGCAGAAUGGAACACCGUUGUGGACACGAAUUUGAGGACACAACAACUCCAAGUUGCAGUUGAUGCCGUUCGCAGUGCCCUUGAAAGCUCUGAGGUCCCAAGGCCAUUCAUUAACGAGCUCGUUGCUGUCAAGGAACUUGCAUCGGAAGACCCCAUCGUGGAUGCUGCCAUUUCAUCUAUCAAUGCUGCUGCCUAUCAACGAGGUAUUCCGUCUUCGGCUCAGGUCGUCGAUAGGUUUAGACGCUUAGCUACCGAGGUUCGCAAAGCCAGUCUCCUACCUGAAAAUGCAGGCAUUGCCAGUCACGCUGCCAGCUACAUGAUGAGCAAGGUUAUGUUCCCGAAACAGGGCUCUGAUGAUGGAGAUGACGUCGAGAGUGUCCUUACUCGAACUGAAGCGCUACUGGAAGCUGGCAGAUUUGAUGAGGCGGCUCGUGAGAUGAACUCGUUACAAGGGUGGUCAAAGAUAUUGAGUAAGGAUUGGUUAGCAGACGUUAGGAGGGUAUUGGAAGUGAAGCAGGCCCUUGAGAUCAUUGAAACCGAAGCCCGUCUUCAAUGCCUUCAAGUAGAGUAG